AUGAAAUUGUGGCUUCAGAUGAAUAAUGUGAUGAUGAAAAUAAUGAACCUUUUGAUGGAUGUUUUAAAUGCUAAUAUUCAUGUUCACUUAAUUGUUAAAAUUGCAUUGAUGGUUAAUGUAUUAAUUGUGAAAAUGGUUAUUAAUUAGACAAUAACAAAUGUUAAGAAAAGUGUGGGAACGGAAUAAAGACAUUUAAUGAAAUGUGUGAUGAUGGAAAUAUAUUACCUGACGAUGGAUGCUCAGAAAUAUGUUAAAUAGAAAUAUUUUGGAACUGUAUAAUUGACGAAAAGUAAAGAAGUUUAUGUUUUUAAAUUAAUAAUCCAAAUUUAUAACUACAAUUUUUAAAUAUCACUUUUAAUAAGCAAUAUAUUUUAAUGA